CACUCCACUCUUCAUCAUCCCCAUCUCUACUCCAUCUUCAACCAUGGCUUCCUUGAAGAUCUUAUCCCUCCUCCUCAUCUCCAUCCUCUCCACAUCCUCCGCUUCCCUCCUCAAACCCGACUGCGGUUCCUGCUCCGAGCCCUCCCCCACCACCGACCCUAACCUCCCCCUCCCGCCAGUCGGAAUUCCCAAACUACCCCUCCCGCCAGUCGGAAUCCCCAAACUACCCCUACCACCCGUCGGCAUCCCCAAACUACCCCUCCCGCCCGUCGGAAUCCCUAAAUUGCCCCUCCCGCCAGUCGGCAUCCCCAAACUGCCACUUCUGCCGCCAGUUUUGGGGAAGCCGAAGGGCAAGGGCAAGGGCAAGGGCGGGUGCCCUACGCCAUCGCCCUCAAAGGGAGCCACGUGCCCCAUCGACACAUUGAAGCUGGGCGCAUGCGUGGACCUUCUAGGAGGGCUGGUGCACGUGGUGUUGGGAGACCCCGCCGUGAACGAGUGCUGCCCCAUCAUCUCCGGCCUGGCCGAGGUAGAAGCCGCCGCGUGCCUCUGCACCACCCUCAAGGUGAAGGCGGUCAACCUCGAAAUCUUCGUUCCUUUAGCUGUGGAGCUCUUGGUCACCUGCGGCAAGACUCCGCCGCGCGGCUACACUUGCUCUCUCUAAUUCAUCCCAUUAUUUGUGGGAAUGUUGAAGUAUCUGACAUGAGAGGAUGUCACAUUAAUCAAUUUCCAUUUCGUUGAUUGCUA